UGAUGUGGAUGUUGCAGGUGUGGGGGGCUCCAAACUGGACCCGCCAGGUUCACCUGCUUCCACCUUGAUCAUCACAGUCACCUGGGAUUUUCCUUUUUACAAUCCUUGUUGUCAAUCGUCACAUGUUUUAGUAAAUCAAGGUUUCAGUCACAUAACCCUAACCCAUGAACCCCUGACAAGUUAUCCAAAACGUCUCUGCAGCUAGCUGCUUUAGCUCGCCGGUAGCUAACAGUCCAUUAUUAUUAUAGUAUGCACUGCAACAAAGACUAGAAAUAUUCAAAGCAAACAUAUCAACGCAAUAUCCUCACGAAUAUUGUCGAGUAGAUGGCCUGAAACAUCAGCACUACACUUGCUUUACAGAAACUUUAAGCCAUUUAUCAAACGGGAAUUAAAAAUUAAAGGUGUAGCAUUUUACAUCUGGUUACUUCCGCCUCACUAACCAGUGAAUGAUAAGUUAAGCUCUUGUACUUCCGCUUUUCACAAUAAAUCUUAUUUUCCAAAUGCCUUCCUCUACUAUUUUUUUUUCACCAGUCUAUAAGACAAAUCAAAUCAUUGUCGCUUACUCAGUACUCAACACUGAAUUGAAAUUCUAAUUUAAGUUAUUUUCUUAUUAAAAGUGCACGUUUGUGUUGUGUUUUUUUUCUCCUUUAUUUGUCAUUCAUUGGUCAGUCAGCAGGAAGAACGAUGUUAGUUUGACUAGCAGCUUCGUUUGACGAGCUACGUUCCGAGUGAAAAACCGAUAAGUUGUCAUUAAAGAUAGUAUAAUUGGUGUUUCAUACCGUCUAAUCAACAGCCUGCGUAAGGAUAUUACUUUUACGUGUUUGUAUUUAAUCUCUUUGAUAUGUAUCGCCUUACGUUGCCGUACAUAAAGUAAUUUGGCUUUAUUGGUGAGAGGAAACGCAUGUUAGCCACUAUGGAGCUGAAGCAGCUAACAGCUAGAGACGUUUAAACCUAUUUAAAAAAUCAUCCAUGGUUUAGUGCUACAAAACGAGUCCACUCUCAUAGUUUAUUAGAUUAUUAGAUUGUGAAUACCUUCCUUAACCUUAUUGUCCAGCUACGGAGCGGACCCAGAACUACUGACCAGGUUUCAGGCAGCAGAAAAACAGAAGAUCCACGUUUAUAUGACUGAAACCUUGAUCUACUGGAACAUGUGAAGUUUGAAGACGGGGAUUGUAAAAAGGAGGAUCCCGGGUGGAGUGAGGAUGUCUGACGUGAUGAAGGUCGAAGCAGACGAACCUGGGGGGUUCAGCUCGGAGCCCCCCAUGUGUGCAGCAUCCACAUCAGAACUGGAGGAGGGAACACAAGACAGCAAGGAUCUCACUCAUCAGAUGUUUAUGACUAAAGAGGUUCCCCAUGACUGGAGUCCUAGUUUGGACAGUGAAAAUCCAGAAGCCCACGUGAAGGACGAAGAAGAGGAGCAGUGGAUCAGUCAGGAAGAAGAGUUGCGUACUGUGAAGAUUAAAGAUGAAGAGAAACCUCAUUUAUCAGAGCUUCAUCAAAUCAAAACUGAAGAUGACGUAGAGACAGAAGUUCCAACCAGCAGUUCACCUGAACCUGUUGCAGAGAACUUUAGACCACCACAACCAGACAGGGACCCAGAAGCCCACGUGAAGGACGAAGAGAAGGAGCAGUGGAUCAGUCAGGAGGAAGAGUUGCGUAUUGUGAAGAUUAAAGAUGAAGAGAAACCUAGGUUGUCAGAACUUCAUCAAAUCAAAACUGAAGAUGACCUAGAGACAGAAGCUCCAACCAGCAGUUCACCUGAACCUGUUGCAGAGAACUUUAGACGACCAGAACCAGAUAGUGACCCAGAGUCUGUAUGUCCCUCCCAGCAAAGUAACAUGGCAGAUGGGGAGAAAACAUUUGGUUGCAAUUUGUGUGAUAAAAGAUUCAGAUGUAAGCGUUUUGUUAAAUUACACAUGAUGACUCACACAGGAAAGAGAGAGCUUAGUUGUGAUCUUUGUGGCAAAGGAUUUGUAGAAAAGCGUUCUCUUCAGACACACAUAAAUGUCCACACUGGAGAGAAACCUUUUGCCUGUGACGUUUGCUGUAGAAGGUUUCAUGCAAAGACAAGUCUUACUACACACAUGAAGGUCCACUCAGAAGAAAAACCUUUUUCAUGUGAUGUUUGUGGUUUAAGAUUUUGGUUAAAAUCCGUUUUUAAAAAGCACACCCAGAUCCAUUCCACAGAGAAACCGUUUGUUUGCCGUGUUUGUAGUAAAAGGUUUUUGCGACAAGGAAACCUAAAGAGUCACAUGCAUAUUCACACCGGAGAGAGACCGUUUAUUUGUAGUGUUUGUAGUAAAGGAUUUUCUCAACUUAUUCAUCUGACGAGUCACAUGCGUGUUCACACAGGAGAGAAACCAUUGGUUUGUGGCUUUUGUCACAAAGGAUUUUCCCAUUCAGUUAGUCUAAAGAGUCACAUUCUUGUUCAUUCAGGGGACAAACCUUUCGUUUGUAGAGUUUGCAAUAAAGGAUUUUCAAGACGAGAGGUUCUAAAGAAACACAUGCCUGUUCAUACAGGAGAGAAACCGUUUAUUUGUGAAUUUUGUAGUAGAGGAUUUUCACGACAAGAGAAUCUAAAGAGUCACAUGUGUGUUCACACCGGGGAGAAACCCUUCGUUUGCGAUGUUUGUAGCAGAGGUUUUUCACGAAGAGCUAGUCUGAAGAGUCACAUGAAUGUUCAUACGGGACAGAAACCAUUUAUUUGCAGUGUCUGUAGUAAAGGAUUUUCACGACAACAGAAUCUAAGGAGUCACAUGCGUGUUCACACAGGAGAGAAGCCAUUGACCUGUGGUUUUUGUCACAAAGGAUUUUCCCAUUCAGUUAGUCUAAAGAGUCACAUGCUUGUUCAUACAGGAGACAAACCGUUUGUUUGUAAAGUGUGCAAUAGAGGAUUUUUAAGACUAGAGAUUCUAAAGAGUCACAUGCGUGUUCAUACAGGAGAGAAACCGUUUAUUUGUGAAUUUUGUAGUAGAGGAUUUUCACGACAAGAUAUUCUAAAGAAUCACAUGCGUGUUCACACCGGGGAGAAACCCUUUGUUUGCGACGUUUGUAGUAAAGGUUUUUCACGAAGAGCUAGUCUGAAGAGUCACAUGCGCGUUCAUACAGGACAGAAACCAUUUAUUUGGAACGUUUGUGGUAAAGGUUUUUCACGACCAGAUACUCUAAAGAAUCACAUCCGUGUUCACACAGGACAAAAAACGUUCAUCUGUAGUGUUUGUAGUCGAGGAUUUUCACGUUCAGCCAGUCUAAAGAGUCACAUGUGUUCACAUAUGAAACAAACCUUUUGCAGCGAAGACCUUUCACACUGUGAAAAUUUGAAGAAACCUAUGGAUGUUCACCAGGACUCCAACUGAAUGUGCUGGUGGUCGGUUAAUCGGUUAAUUUUUCAAAAUUGUCUUUAACUCAUCUCUGCAUUAUGUGGGCACAGUUUUGAUUAGGACCAGUACUAAAUUGCAUUUCUAGAUAUUGGGCGAAUUUAGAGGCUUUUAUUGUGAUGUUUAAAGGUCAUUUCUAAUUCUUUUUGAGAUGCAAAGAACUCGUGUUUGGUUGUAUAAACAUUGCUCAACGUUAGCCCAUCAUUCUGUACUGAAAAACCACUUCUGAGAUUUUAUUUCCUCCAAGGGAACAAAAUGAUUGAAUAAAACUGUUUCAUGAUCUCUUUCUGUUGUAUGAUAUUCUUCAAGACCAAACAUGCAGGAUGACUUUGGACACCACUGCUGUAGGCUUGUAAUUUGAUCUUUAUUAAAUAGUGUGCUGUUCAAUCCAGUGUCUAAAUCUGAGCCUUGA